AGAGUUUUUACUAUGUUUACCAAUAUAUGAUUGAAAUACCAAGAUAUUCUGAUGGAUCGAAGACGUUACGUCAUGAUGACGUCAUUGCUACUUAUUGUGCUUUAUAAUUUGGACGCAGUUAAUUCAGACCAAGUAGAGAAACAACUAAUAGAGGAUAUUAUGAUGAAUUAUUCAAAGUUGGAACGCCCAAUACCAAACCAUUUGGACACUCUGGUUGUCAAUAUAAAGUUUACUCUACAACAAAUUGUUGAUGUGGAUGAAAGGAACCAGAUAAUUACAACAAAUGCUUGGCUUGAUCUUAAAUGGAAAGAUUACCGAUGGAGAUGGAACAAAACAGAAUAUGGAAACAUUACAAAGAUUAGGAUACCAUAUAUACAUAUGUGGACACCUGACAUCUUAUUGUACAACAGCGCCGACAAAAACUUUGACCCAACGACCCAUAGUCCAAUUGUUAUUGAUCAUAAUGGGAAUUGUCUCUAUGUACCUCCAGGCAUUUUUAAAUCCACAUGCAAAAUAGAUGUGAGUAACUUUCCAUUUGAUGAGCAGCAAUGUACUUUGAAAUUUGGUGUUUGGUCUUACAAUGGAAACCAGGUAGACUUACAGUUACAGCCUGGAGGUGGGAUAGAUGCAACCGAAUAUAUCGAAAGUGGGGAAUGGCAUUUAAUGGACUUGAAAGCAAAACGAAACACUCAUAAAUACAAAUGUUGUCCCGAAUAUUACGUGGACGUCACUUUUACAGUCACCCUGCGUCGCCGAACGAUGUUUUUUAUCAUCAACCUUGUAGUACCUUGCAUUCUAAACUCCAUUCUCACUUUAUUGACGUUUGUAUUGCCCGCUGGGGCAGCGGAAAAAGUCACUUUAGCCAUCACGGUUCUACUGGCACAGAUUGUCUUUAUGCUGCUCAUAAUGGAGACAAUGCCCCCCACGUCUGAUGCAAUACCAUUGAUAAGCAAAUACUUCGCAUGUAGUUUAGUCACUGUAUGCGCCUCAGUAGCUGGGACUGUGCUAGUUCUAUCUUUCUAUUACGCCUCACCUCUUAUUGAUGGACGAAUGUCUCCAAGUAUGCGAAGCUUUUUUUUAGUCCACGCACCCAAACUUCUCCGGAUGAAUCCUUACAUCCCAAAAGUUUUAACUGCGGCAGAAACAAAACCAAGUACGAACCAAGCGAAACGGAAAUCUGUGAAACCUAAUGUGGUGGCUCGAUGCUUGGAUCGCAAAAUAAUUCAACCAAAACAAGAUACGAGGAUUUAUCCAAAAGUAAAAGCUCGCGAAAAAUAUCACGAUGUUUUCUUUGAUGCCCUCAAUGCAGUUGAUGGAAAAAGUCCAUACAAGGUUCGACCAAUGACCAAUGGCAGCACCGGUAACACAAAGUCACACCUGAUAUCAAACCAUGGACAGAACCAUCAUCUUAUAACUACAAGAGUGAGAUUGGAAUCAAAUGAAAAUAAUGAAGAUAGUCAAAAGAACAACUCCCACCAUAGAAUUAAAGACACUUACUUUGAUAUUGAAGACGUUUCUGUGAUUUUAAAAGAACCGAACGAACGCCAGAAAGACAUUGAACGACAGCAAUCAACAUCUACAGACAAUCAUGUGACCAAGAUACCUUGCUCAUGCAAAGAUAGAUCUAAAGCACUCCGAAAAUUCAUUUCAGAUGAAAACUCAACAUUGGAUGAAAUACUUAGCGACCUGCGUCGAAUAAACAAAAGAAAAGAGGAAGACGAACUGUUCGGUGAAAUAUCUUUGGAAUGGCAAUACGCAUCCCGCGUUUUGGACAAGAUAUUGCUUUGGGUGUUCAUACUGUUUGUAGUGGUGGCAACAUUGUCAACAUUAUUCGCUGUGCCCAAUCUUGAACAUGUGUUUAUGUGACGUUUGUGUAAUGUACAUAAUCAGGUUACCAGUAUUUCAGCACAAGGCGUAAUAAAUGACUCAAGUUGUAAA